UCAGGCACGAGCCAGAGCAGAACCGCCGCAGCGCAACCGGGCGGCAGCGCCUGAAGCUCUGAGGCCGAUAGAUUCCUGAAGGGGGCGAGCUCAUCAAUCGGUCAUUCGGUCAGCUUGGCUGGUUUGUGAGCCCGAGAGGGGAGUGCGAUCGAUCGAUCGAUCCGCGCUCUCCGUGAGCCUUCUUCAGGGCGUUCGCGCGCUCUGCCCUUGCCCCAGUUGACGCCAUUUUGUGCGGUGGCGGGAGAAGCGGCCGGACGAGUGUAAUGAGAAUUCAUGUCUGAUCUUGAGCAAUGCUGAAACCUACAGCCACUGCCUUUUCAUUGGAUAAUUUGUUUUUUGAAAGACCAGAUGCCAGUCAAAACAGAUACUUAGAACAUGAAGAGCCAAAAAAUUGGUAUCUUGCACCUGCUCCAUCUGUUACUGGAAUUCCAGCCACUCAGGAGUUACAGAAGGAAUUGGAAAAAAAUAACUGUCUAGAUGGAAAAGAAGCUAAAGUACAGUCAUUUCCUGAUGCUUCAAAGUCUUUUGGCAUGGAAGGAACUGUAAAAAAAGAUUUGGGGUUUUUGAGGGCUGUUACAGAAAUCCCUGCUCAGUUUAGAAAUAUUUUCAAGGAAUUCCCAUAUUUUAACUACAUACAGUCCAAGGCUUUGGAUGAUAUUCUUUACACAGAUAGGAAUUUUGUGAUUUGUGCUCCGACUGGUUCUGGAAAAACUGUAAUGUUCGAACUAGCUAUUACAAGGUUACUAAUGGAAGUGCCGAUGCCUUGGUUAAAUAUUAAAAUUGUCUAUAUGGCUCCAAUAAAAGCUCUGUGCAGUCAGCGUUUUGAUGAUUGGAAAGAUAAAUUUGGACCUAUAGGGCUCAGCUGUAAAGAAUUGACAGGAGAUACAGUGAUGGAUGAUUUAUUUGAAAUACAACAUGCUCACAUUAUUACGACCACACCAGAAAAAUGGGAUAGCAUGACUAGAAAAUGGAGAGACAACUCUUUAGUCCAACUGGUACGACUGUUCCUCAUUGACGAGGUACAUGUUGUGAAAGAUGAAAGCCGUGGUGCAACACUUGAGGUUGUAGUCAGUCGGAUGAAGACUAUACAGUCUUCUCUUUCACGUAUCUCAGAGAAUCCUGCCACGCUUACUCCCAUGAGAUUUGUGGCUGUUUCUGCAACAAUCCCAAAUGCUGAGGAUAUUGCAGAAUGGCUUUCAGAUGGUAUGAGACCUGCUGUAUGUCUGAAAAUAGAUGAAAGUCAUCGACCUGUGAAGCUUCGCAAAAUAGUUCUUGGAUUUCCCUGCAGUAGCAACCAAACAGAAUUCAAAUUUGACUUAACACUUAACUACAAAGUAGCUAGUGUUAUACAAACAUACUCUGAACAAAAACCAACCCUUGUGUUUUGUGCCACAAGAAAAGGAGUACAGCAGGCUGCUUCAGUUCUUGCAAAAGAUGCUAAAUUUAUUAUGACUGUGGAACAGAAACAAAGAUUACAAAAGUGUGCAAAUUCAACAAAAGAUACCAAAGUGAGAGAUCUUUUAAUGUGUGGUGUGGCUUAUCAUCAUGCUGGUAUGGAGCUAUCUGAUAGAAAAAUAAUUGAAGGAGCUUUUACCAGGGGAGACUUACCAGUACUUUUUACUACUAGUACCUUAGCUAUGGGAGUAAAUUUACCCGCACAUCUGGUAGUUAUAAAAUCUACAAUGCACUACGUUGGAGGAAUGUUUCAAGAAUACAGUGAAACAGAUAUUCUGCAAAUGAUUGGGAGAGCAGGGAGGCCUCAAUUUGACACUACAGCUACAGCAGUUAUCUUGACUAGGUUAAGUACAAGAGAGAAAUAUGUACAGCUGUUAAAUGGUGCAGAUACAAUAGAAAGCAGUUUACACAAACAUCUUGUUGAGCAUUUAAAUGCAGAAAUAGUGUUGCACACCAUCACGGAUGUGAAAAUAGCUUUGGAAUGGAUACGAUCAACUUUCCUAUACAUCAGAGUUUUGAAAAAUCCAGUUCAUUAUGGUUUUUCAUCUGGACUAGACACAGUUGGAAUUGAAGCAAAAUUACAAGAAUUGUGUUUGAAGAAUUUGAAUGAUUUGUCAUCUCUUGAUUUGAUCAAGAUGGAUGAAGAAUUUAAUUUCAAACCUACAGAGACUGGAAAACUAAUGGCUUGGUACUAUAUUGCAUUUGAUACAGUGAAACAGUUUUCCUCAAUUAAUGGAAAAGAAACUUUAUCUGAACUGAUCACAAUGAUAUCCGGCUGCGUUGAAUUUUCGGAUGUCAAGUUAAGAAUAAAUGAGAAGAAAAUAUUGAACACUUUGAAUAAAGACAAGAACAGGAUAACUAUCAGGUUUCCAAUGGAAGGGAAGAUAAAAACAAGAGAAAUGAAAGUAAACUGUCUUAUUCAGGCUCAGUUAGGAUGCAUUCCUAUUCAAGACUUCACUUUGACACAAGAUAUAGGCAAAAUUUUCAGACAUGGCUUAAGAGUUACUAAAUGGUUAUCUGACUUUCUGGCAUCACGUAAAAACAAUUUUCCUGCAUUAUUAAACUCUUUGAUUUUAGCUAAGUGUUUCAGGUGCAAACUGUGGGAAAACUCUCUGCAUGUAUCUAAACAGCUAGAAAAAAUUGGUGUAACACUAUCAAAUGCAAUGGUAAAUGCAGGUCUGACAUCGUUUAAAAAAAUUGAAGAUGCAAAUGCAAGGGAGCUUGAAUUGAUUUUAAACAGACAUCCUCCUUUUGGAAACCAAAUAAAAGAAUCUGUGCUACACCUACCAAAAUAUGAACUUGACAUUGAGCAGCUUGCAAAAUACAGCGAUACGGUGGCUGAAAUCUUAGUGACCAUCAUAUUAACAAACUUUGAACAGCUUCAGAUUAAGAGAACUGCACCAGACUUUCACUAUGUAACCUUGAUCAUAGGAGAUGCUGAUAAUCAAGUGGUUUUUAAACAGAAAAUUAUGGAUUCUGUCUUGCUGAAAAAUGGAAAUUGGACUAAAAAAAUUGAAGUGAAAAGAGCUCUUAAAUCUGAGGAACUUAGCAUAAAUUUAAUUAGCUCUGAAUAUGUUGGGGUGGAUAUUCAGCAAACCUAUACAGCCUUUUACUUAGGACCAAAAAGGUUUGGAAAUGAAGUUGUUUUACAAAGAAAAUUAGAAGCCGAGUCUUCACCUAUGUAUCAUGCCUCUUCAAUAAGAUCAGCAGCAGCGAGAAAGAAUACAGGAGGUGCCUGUAACCGAGAGAUCACCUACAUGAAACUUGGGAACAGAGAAUGCAGCCAUCACUGUAAAAAUAAAGAUGUAUGUGGACAUGACUGCUGUAAAGUUGGAGUUUCACAAAAAUCUGAGUUAAAGAAAGAUUCAAAGUUUUCUUCAUACCUAGCUGAUUUAAGGAACAGAAACUCAAUUUCAUCAGUUCCCCCAGUAAAACGAUUAAAGAUGCAGAUACAGUUAAAUAAAUCUCCAAAUGUGGAUCUGAAACAAUUUGUUUUUACACCAAAAUCUUUGUUGCCAGCAUUGCCAAGGUGUGACUAUGCACAGUCUUCUGGCUCAGCUUCACAAGAACACUGGAAUAAUGUUAAUAUCCUUGGUAGACCUCAGAACCAGCUGCAAUCAGAGAGUUAUGAAAAGAGUAAUUUCUCUUGGGAACAUUCUGUGACUGUAAGUGAGGAGAGCCAUCAGAUGAUGACGUCAAAGAAAAAUCUUAAAGAAUCUUUAAUGCAUAAUUUUACUAAUGCAGAUAAAAGCAGCUCUUGGUUUUCAGAGGCUUUGAAUGUGAACUUUGAAUUGGGAGAUGAAGUUUGGGAUGAUUUUGAUGAUGACAAAUUAAUACAUGCUAGCAGCUUUCUCACUAGUGUGGAGAGUAGAGAAGAUUUAGAAUCUGGAAACACUUGCCUUCAAAGUACAAUAGAAUGUAAACCACUGUUUCAGAAUUCAGAGAACAAAGUCACAAGUGACAUUUCAAAAAAUUUUUGCAUGUCACGAGAUAAGUCUGGUGUUCAUCUACAAAAUUCUGCCUUUUCUACAUUAAAUGCACCAUCAGAAAAGAAAUUAUCUGUACAAUAUGAAAAUACGAGUACUUUCAGCUUUCAAAAAAGAAAACAUCCAAAUCCUCUACAAGAGUUGAAAAACAGAGAGUUUUCUCGUAACUCAGAAAUAAUCUCAGGUUCUUCUCAAUUCAUUGGAAAGGAGAAUUUUUUUAUUUGCAACAAAGAAAGGAAAAAAGAAAUUGAUGUCAGAUAUCUUUCAGACGAUGAAACAAAUGACAUUAAGCCUUUUCUUGGAAUAUUUGAUGGCAUUUUCUAAAACAUAAACAAGAUAUAUCUUUUGAAAAUGUUUGAAGAAUAAAUCAAAACAGACCAGGAGAAAACACAAUCAAGACAAGCAAACAGAAGCUACACAAUUGAAAAUCAGAGUGCAAAAACACUCCCAUUUUGACAGACUGAGGAUUUGAUCCUAUAAUAUGUUGAGCACUCUGAGUUGACAGCUUCAGUGGGAGUUGAUAGUGCUUAGCGCCUAACCAAAAUGAGCAGUUUUCUGAUUUUUUUUCCCCUCCAAUAAUUUCUUUCCCUGGUUGUUGACUAUUUUGGCCACAUUUGCACAUUGAGUGAGAUAUUUCCAUUGAGUUGUCUUCAGUGGGGCCUAGAUCUUAGUUGUUUGUAGGCUGGAAAGUGCUUUAAAUUAGUAUUGUCAAUUUAGAUUUAUUGUGUAAUAAGUGUUUUUAGUUUUGAUUGUACAUGCAAUUACAGAUUCCGAUAACAAAUUAUUUAACUGAAUUUUUAAAAAAUCCAGCAUUUUAUGGAAUUAUGGUAACCUUCCUUGUUAGGAGACAGCCAACAGUAAGGGAAGGCAAAAGAGCUAAAACCACAUAUUACAUGAUAAAUCCAAACUGACAGUGCCAAUUCAAAGUACUUUCCAACUUACCAAACGUUAGAAAAAGAUCUGGACCUCAUAGGAAACAUGGUAGCCCUUUCCUACAGAAGGAGAUGAUAUAGGCCAAUAUGAAGAGCUUUUUGGUGAGCUGUGUGUGGUGCAGAACAAGGCCCAUAUUAUUGCUCCUUUGCAAAAUUAGAUGUGCCUGUAUGUGCCCCAAAAUUGAACACCGCUUGAAUUUGAGCCUUUAUACUUCACCUACAUUUGCUGGUUUUAUAUUGAUAAUAUUAUCUUGAAGAUAUUAUCUUUGAAGUUACUCUCUUUUCCCCUUAAAUUAAAGCUUACCCAAAGUGUAGGGGGUUAGUAAUUAUUAUUGGAAUUUUUACAUCUUCAAACUGGUUAAUUUUCUAUAGCCAAAUUUCAGAUUUCUCCUGAUAGGUUUUCCUCCCCAUAUGAAUUUUUCAUUUCAUAUGCUGUUCAUCAGUAACCUAUCCUCCAUGUUUUGGGGAAUAUCAUCAGUUUGUUAGUAAUUCAUGGUCAUAUUUCUUUUGAUAGAAAAGGCUUUCAUUUCCAUUUUGGUGUAUAGU